GAUUUGUACACGCCCACUGCGCUGGGCGCGAAUUACCAACGACCAGUGUGUCACGACGGUGAUUAGAUCGAGUCAAAGAGACGAAGGGAGCGAAAUUAAAUACACGGAACAGCCAGUUGACCCUGUAAAGGAAGGAAAUAUGGAGCAGAACGGAACAAGCGAGUUUUUCUGUCGACACAUCAAGCACGACGAGGUGGAAGAGGCGUAUAAUAUCGUCGACAAAGAGGGUUGGAACUUGACCCUUGAGAAAUUUCGCCUACUCUGCAAGAAGCAGCCUCGGAAUUUCUAUGUCGCUGUAACCCCUGACGGAGAGGUUGCAGGGACAGUAUCGUACACACAGACGUUUGCAGAUGAAUACAUCUUAGGGAAUCUGGUGGUGAAAGAGACUAUGAGGAAGAAAGGUCUGGGACGCAAAAUAGUUCAAGACACUCUGGAAAUGUUUCGGCACAAGGUCAUUCAUCUAACAGCCGUGCCAGGAGCAGACCAGUUUUAUCUUAAUCUUGGUUUCCAGAUGUCAGAGCCCCAACAAGGUCACGAAAUCCGUCACAUAUUGGUUGACGUCAAGCUGGUGGAUGGGAGAGUACAGGCAAUGGGUAAUGCGGCAGACGACAUCUCUAUCGCACCUUUUGACAAAGCCAAUCUAGAGGAGUUCAUUCGAUUUGACAGUCACAUGCGUGGUUAUGACAAUACUGUGUAUGCGUCGGUGGUAGCGGGCUGUACCAAGGUGCUCGUUGCAAGGAGAAAGUCGAACAAGAAAUUUGUGGGUUAUGUAUCUGCCUUCAUGAAGAGAGAAGAAAUUGUUCUUGAUGGAUUGUUCGCAGAUUCGGAUGACAUCGCCACCUUGCUGUUCAGAGAGAUUCUGAACCAGUUCCCAGAGACGACAAAGGUCAAGUUACAGAUGUUUCCAUCCAAUCAGUUUCUCGUGCAGUUUGGCCAAGUAGUGAUGUCAGAGGUGUACAACAGGUACAGCCUAGGAGGAAACCCUACCCCUGUGCCAGAAGCCAAGACGUACAAUGUAUCUGACUGUGACUAUGCCCUAUGAGAGGUUUACACUUUUCAGUGAUGGAAAACUUUACUAAAACUGCUGUAAUUUUUAUUUUUAUUUUCGCAUAAUUUGUUACUUACUCACCUUUUCAUUCUCUGUUGCUGUUAAGCGUCGAGGUGAGAUGCAUUUUUCUAUGGUAGGCCAGCUCCGCAGCUCUGUCGGUAGAUCU